CCAACGCUUUCAGCAUUUGCAGUCUAGCUCAGAGUUGGACUUAUCAAUUGGCUCCAAGUGGAGGCUCUCCCCAAGAAAUUCCGGAUCCAGCAUGGGUAAUUGCAGUCAAUGCAGUAUCUCUUGCGUUUGCUCUCAUAUCAAACUUCGCGCUGCUGAUGAAUAUGGCUCGACGGAUACGCUUCUCUAUCUCACAGCCAAUCGUCAUUAUUGGAUGGUACAUUUCCUCCAUAAUGCUGAUAUGUCUACUCGCAGUCUUCAAGUCAUAUAAUGACACGAGAGCCCACACCCUCACACAAGCUUAUUAUUAUGGCAUACUAGCAGCUGCCAUCUACUUCGCUAUCUCUUCGUUGCUGCUAAUUACCGUCUACGGUGCAUACAAAGGUCACUAUACAAAGGAGUUUAAUCUUACGACGAGUCAAAGGACACUCAUGUUACAGACUAUCAUUUUUCUAGUGUAUCUCCUAGGCGGAGCUGCCGUCUAUGCGCACAUCGAAAAGUGGCGCUAUUUGGAUGCCAUAUACUGGGCUGACUUUACAUUGCUGACUAUCGGUAUUGGCGACUUUGUCCCUCGUACCCAUUUGGGCCGAGGCUUGCUGUUUCCAUUUGCAAUGGGCGGCUUGUUGAUUAUUGGUCUAAUCAUUGGAUCGAUAAGAUCACUUAUGCUCCAGAAAGGAAGCAAAAAGCUGGCCGGCCGCAUAACUGAGAAGACGCGGAGGGCUCUUCUGAAACGGGUCCUAGCCAGUUAUGAGGACCCUCGAAGUUUCUCGCCAAAUGCUAACGAAGAUGGAAGUGAUGAUGAAGUGGAAAGGAGAAGACGAGAGUUUCUGGCUAUGCGAGAGGUGCGGCGAAUAGCUGAAAUCGAGCAAAAAUGGGUCUCGUUGGUUAUUUCUUUGACCGUGUGGAUGAUGUUCUGGCUACUUGGUGCAGUGGCCUUCUGGAGAUCAGAGAGAGACCGAGGCUGGACGUAUUUCCAGGCACUUUAUUUCGCCUAUACAUCGCUCUUGACGAUAGGCUACGGUGACAUAUACCCUGUCAACAAUUGGGCCAAGCCGUUCUUUGUCUUCUGGUCGCUCCUUGCUGUGCCAACUGUUACGAUUCUUAUUUCGAACCUGGGAGACACUAUCGUGAGGGGGAUCCGCAAUGCUACACUAUACCUGGGAGAGUUAACCAUUCUCCCUGGAGAGCAGAGUUUUACAGACAGAUUUAAAGAUCUGCUUCGUUUCUCUAUCGGAGCCAGGGGCCCUAACGACACUGAAGAUGCGCAACAGCAAGAAAAUAACGAGGCCAAUCGGGAGCAGGCACGGGUAGUCGAGCAGGCGGAAAGUGUCAUGGAAGAGGAGGAACUCCAAGAAGAGGAACAAGCGCGUGAAAAGGGUGAUAUUAGGGCUGAAAACAUUCACCAUAAGCAGUAUCUCCUCAUGCGUGAGAUUCGGAAGUUGCUUAGUUAUGUGAAUAGUGAUCCUCCAAAAAGGUUCAGCUACGAAGAGUGGGCAUACUACCUUAAGCUCCUCGGAGCGGACGAGUCAGUCGCAAGUUAUCACCGGGCUCCGCCGCUUGACGCCGAUGAGACAUCGAUCCAGCAGACGGGCUCUUCGGAGGACAACGAAGGCCAGAGAAGGACACCAAAAUGGAGCUGGAUGGGUAGCAGGAGUCCCUUAAUGGGUGACAAAGAGGAGGCUGAAUGGCUUCUAGAAGCAUUCUCUGAGAGACUGGAAAGAGAGCUGAAAAGGCAGAGGGAUGAGGUUCAGUCUCAAAAGCGCAAUUCUAAACGCGACAAGCAAAACUCGCAAGAAAAGGAUAAGUAAUUUAACAGGGAUUCAGUUGCAAAUAUUUGUUUCUAUGCCUAUUCUACAGUUUGUGUGCAAUAUUGGAGGCCCCUUUUUUGCAAGCAGUUUUCCUUUUUUUUUCGAUUGGCAAUCAUUCUUUAUUCAUCUGUCAGGGUGCAUUAACAUGAGGCUCAUCAUCACAACUGUUCUCACGCUGCAUUUCUAUUAGAGCUGCAUGUAUAGGCGUUUGUGCAAUUACAUUCAGAAUUUCCAACAGUGAUAAAAUAACUGGGUGUCCACUUAAAAG